AUGGCUGCCUCGCCUGUUGCCCUGGCCACCCAGAAGGCCCCCGAGGGCAUCGACCUCUACUCUCGCUUCGCCCUCGCCGGUGCCCUGGGCUGCUCCGUCACGCACGGCGCCUUCACCCCGGUCGACGUCGUCAAGACCAAGAUCCAGCUCGACCCGGCCACGUACAACCGCGGCAUGAUCGGCGGCUUCCGGCAGGUCAUCCGGAACGAGGGCGCCGGCGCCCUCCUGACCGGCUUCGGGCCCACCUUCACCGGCUACUUCAUCCAGGGCGCCUUCAAGUUCGGCGGCUACGAGUUCUUCAAGAAGCAGUCCAUCGACCUGCUCGGCAUCGAGAAGGCCCGGCGGAACCGCGCCGCCGUCUACUCCGUGUCCGCCGCCAGCGCCGAGUUCUUCGCGUCCAUUGCGCUGUGCCCCCUCGAGGCGACCCGCAUCCGCCUCGUCUCCACGCCCGGUUUCGCCAACGGUCUGAUUGGUGGCUUCGGCAAGAUCCUCAGGAACGAGGGCGUGGGCGCCUUCUACUCUGGCUUUGGCCCUAUCCUCUUUAAGCAGGUUCCCUACACCGUAACAAAGUUCGUCGCCUUUGAGAAGAUAUCCGAGGCCAUCUUUGCCCAGCUCGACAAGUCCCAGCUGUCCAGCGGUGGCCAGACGGCCGUGAACCUGGGAUCCGGACUCCUUGCCGGCUUCGCCGCUGCCAUCGUCUCACAGCCCGCUGACACCAUGCUGUCCAAGAUCAACAAGACCAAGGGUCUCCCUGGCGAGAGCACUGCCUCCCGUCUGGUGAAGAUCGCCGGUGAGCUUGGUGUCCGCGGCUCUUUCGCUGGUCUUCCCACCCGUCUGUUCAUGGUUGGCGGGCUGACUGCCGGCCAAUUUGCAAUCUACGGCGACAUCAAGAAGGCCCUUGGUGCUACAAAUGGUGUUGAGAUUGCCAAGUAG